CCUCUAUCCAUCUAAGCGUCUUACGCCCAGCCAAUCUUAACCAGUGCUCCAAUGUCGGUGCCCGCGAGGCUAUCCGUAUUUCACAGAUGGCAGGGGGGUAUCCAGCUGAGACCUCCCUCGUGUAUAAUAUCGUCGCGGGGAUCCACCAAUCUUUGAUUCGAAGCCCAGGUAGCAUCCUCCUCAUCCAGUAUUGCCAACAACAACACAAGUUGAGAGAAGAGAAGAUGGCACUUCGCCAGCCCACCACCACGCUCGCGUUGUCGACCACUUUCACAGCUCCCGCAUCAUGCGCGGCCACGCACAACAUCGACAUCCUGCCCUCGCCAGGUUUUCUCAUCUACUGGAACGAGCCGUUCCCCGCGCCCGGGGUGACUGCCAGCGGAUGCUAUCCCAAGGAAUUUCUGAAGAGUUACACCGCAGUGUCGCCGAGCGCUGCGCGCGCGCUGGGAAGCUCUGUGGUGCCGGCUAUGAGCCCGCUGGCUUGUCCAGACAAGUGGUGCACGGCAUAUGCGGGCAAUGACAACUAUUUGGCAUGCUGUCCUGAGUGAGUAGCCGCUCUCUCUUCCCUUUUGUGCUUCCUGCUCUGCUCGAUCGAUUCUCUAGCAUCUACAGAUCACAUGACGCACGCGUGACAGACCAAGAACCUCCGCUACCAAGUACACAUACUGAGUAAACUUUCCAUCAGAU